CCCUGACCAUGAAGGCUGUGCUGCUUGCCCUGUUGACGGCAGGCUUGGCCCUGCAGCCAGGCACUGCCCUGCUGUGCUACUCCUGCAAGGCCCAGGUGAGCAAUGCGGACUGCCUGAAGGUGGAGAACUGCACGCAGCCGGAGAAGCAGUGCUGGACCGAGCGCAUCCGCGCCGUGGGCCUCCUGACCGUCAUCAGUAAAGGCUGCAGCUCAAACUGCGUGGAUGACUCACAGGACUACUACGUGGGCAAGAAGAACAUCACCUGCUGUGACACCGACUUGUGCAACGCCAGCGGGGCCCACGCCCUGCAGCCGGCUGCCGCCAUCCUGGUGCUGCUCCCUGCACUCAGCCUGCUGCUUUGGGGCCCCAGCCAGCUGUAGGCUCCCGGGGGGCCCUGCUGCAGCCCACACUGGGUGUGGUGCCCCAGGCCCCCGUGCCACUCCUCACACACCCGGCCCAGUGGGAGCCUGUCCUGGUUCCUGAGGCACGUCCUAACACAGGUCUGACCAUGUCCCUCUGCGCCUCUGUCCUCCACCCUGACCCUCCCAUGGCCCUCUCCAGGACUCCCACCCGGCAGAUCGGCUCUAGUGACACAGAUCGGCCUGCAGACGGCCCCUCCAACCCUCUCUGCUGCUGUUUCCAUGGCCCAGCAUUCUCCACCCUUAACUCUGUGCUCAGGCACCUCUUCCUCCAGGAAGCCUUCCCUGCCUACCCCAUCUAUGACCUGAGCCAGGUCUGGUCCAUGGUGUCCCCCACACCCAGCAGGGGACAGGCACUCAGGAGGGCCCAGCAAAGGCUGAGAUGAAGUGGACUGAGUAGAACUGGAGGACGGGGGUCAGCGUGAGUUCCUGGGAGGCUCCAGAGAUGGGGCCUGGAGGCCUGAAGGGAGGGGCCAGGCCUUACCUUCAUUGGGCUCCCUGAACGGCAGCCUCAGCACAGUGUAGGCCCUUAAUAAACACCUGUUGAAUAAGCCA